AUGGCAGCGCGGCUAUGCAAAUCAGCCCCGGCAGGCCGAGCCAAUGAGAACCUUUAUGCAGAUGAAGCGGUGACAGCGCCGGGAGCUGCGGCGGCCGGAGCGCAGCGCAGCGCAGCGCGACCGAUCCUUCUUGCGCGGCGCGGCGCGAAUCCGGAGCGGGCGUUGCUGCAGGCGCCGUUCGGGCGGCAGCGGGCGCGCAAGAUGAUCCGGGCGUUCUCGUUCCCCGUCAGCCCCGAGCGGAGCCGGCUCCGGGGCUGGCUGGAAGGCACCCUGGCCGGCUUGUGCGAGCUCCAUCUGCUGCGGGAUCGCCAGGAGCGCCGCGUCCGGCAAGCGCUCCAGAUGGCCCUCGAGUCCCCGACCAAGCCCGGGGAGGGCGAGGCUGGAGGCGCCGGCAUUGGCCUCGGCCGGGAGGGAUCGGCUCCGGAGGACCAGCUGGAUGCCCUUCCUGGCAUGAUGUGGGAACUGGAACAGCAGCUGGGGUUACUGCGAUUGUACCCAGAAAAGACCUGCGGGGAGGUGGCUGAGACUGAUAGCUGGCCCAGUUCAGGUUUCUACGAAGGGCCUCAGUCGGUGGUGGCCUCUGAUUCCCCAGCGUCCGGGUUUGGGGACUCGAUGUGCAGCUUCCCGUCGGCCUCGGGCUCCUACUCCCGGAUCGGCCGCCCCGAGUCUCGCCUGGGCUUUGCCAGUGAGCGUCCCAAGUCUGUAGGCGAGGUGACCAACAGCGGCAAAGACGGCGCCCGUCGGAGCACCGUCCCCCGCUCCUUCUCCGCCCCUUACUCCAGCAGCUCCCAGGACUACUCCGCUGAGCCGUUGUCCACGCGUUACCCGCCGGACCCUUUCCUCUACCCCAGCCCCCUCCACGCCGUGGCCCUCCAGAACCCCUUGAUCCGGAGCCACCUGUACGAAGACCCCGCUUUCUCCUCCGACCCGUCUCCGGCGUUGGCCUACCCCGCCGACCCGGAGGGCGGCCUGGAGGCCUACGGAGACGAGUUCCAGUUCUACUCGGAGGCAGCCUCGCACUGCCACAAGGUGGAGAACUACAUCUCGCGCCUCAUCCGCCGGCGCAGCCAGCUCCUGAGGGGCAGCAAACCCCGGACUAGCUUGGGCUCGGAGGCCCCUUCUUCCAAAGGCGGCGGCGGGGCGGUCGGCCGGCAGAACAGCCUCUGCAAGAGGCCCUCGGAGCUGCUCCCCCCUCCGGGGGACCGCAAGCACCCGCCGUCCAUGGAAAGAGGAAGCAGCACCCCUUCGCCCUGCGGCCACGAGGGCGGCGCCUCCGCGGCCGCCACACGCAUCUGGUCCUCGUGGGAUGCGGCGGCAGAGAGGACCCUGGCGGCGAAAGCCAUCGCGGCUGAGGGCAGCAGCCCUCCCCCUUCGGGUUUCAAGAAGCCCCCCAAGCUUCAGGCCCUGGCGGCUCGGAGGCCCCCUUCGGUGGACCAGUACGAAGCGGUGUACCCAUCAUCCCCUCUCCUGGACAGAGAGGAGGACCCCUCCCAGGGGAAUGGCCAGGAGACGGUUCCUUAUGAGACCGAGGAGGGGACUUGUCUACUGGUCAAGGCCCAGUACAUCCCAGCUCAGCAUCUGCCCCGGGCCCAGCAGGCUCACCGGCCCGGCAAGAAGAAGCCCCCUCCUCUCGCCAAGGGCCGCUCGGUGGAACUGUCCCCGGAACGGACCCCUCUCCUCCUGAGGGAACAGCGGCCACCGCGGGUUUCGGCAGCCACCAAAAAAUGCCGCUUCACCGAAGAUGGCGGCGAGGCGGCGGGCCGGAAGGGGUCGGGGAGGAAAAGCUCACCCCGGUCCAGGAAGGCGGCUCGCUCUCAGUCGGAGAACAGCCUCCUCAACAAACCCGGGGCCAAAUACGGGACGGCGGAAAGGGAGGAAGCGGCCCUGAAGCCCUCCCGGCCGAGGCGGCCCCACGGCCACGCGGGCAGCGGCUACCGCAAGUGGCGCUCCACGGCCGAGAUCUGCCAGGAGGAGCCCUCCCCGGGGAGCGUGGCCGAGCCACGCCGGAGCCCCCAGGGGGCCAGCCCCGUGGGGUACACCUAUCCUGGCAGUGACUCCGAGUGCUCGGCCGAACAGGCCCGCCAAGCCCCCAUGUGCCGCCUGGAGGAAGGGCUGGCCUACGGCGAGAGCGAAUCCAGCCUCAGCGACGGCGACUCUCCGCCUGCCUACAGCAGCGGGGCCUCCAGCGACACGGACGAGAGCGGGGGCCUGGUGUGGCCCCAGCAACUCUCCCCGCAGCUGGUGUCGGCCUCCGGGCCGGGCAAGGCGGUCGGCGGGCAGCCCAAGGUCUUUGUGAAAAUCAAGGCCUCACACGCCCUGAAGAAGAAAAUCAUGCGCUUCCGUUCGGGUUCCCUCAAAGUCAUGACGACCGUGUGAGGUCCCGUCGUCUCCCGCCCCCCCCCGGUCUCUGUGCUGUACCCCUCUCUUUUGUGGCUGAAGUGUCCGCCUUAAAUGCGCCCCUCGUCUCUCCUCCCUAGUUCCCAUCGUCCAGUUUGGCUUCAAACUGGGAUUUCUCUCGCUUCAAGGCUAAAAUGGAAGAAAAUGAAAAACCACUCUGGAAAAUAAAAAAAAAGCAAAAUCUUGCUUGGAACAGAGUUUGGGAUGCUGGCUGCCGUGCCCUGUGUUUCCCCCAGCUGCACGAAAAAUUGCUGAGUCUCUCUGUCUCUUUUUCUCUCUCUGCCUCUUGCUCCCUUCCAUCUCCUCGCCCCACCCGUCUUCUUUCUAACCCAGUCCAUUUUUAAAAGAAAGUAUUUAUUAUGGGUUUUGUACAGUUUUAACUUCUCAGGAGUCCAAGUUUUUGGUAUAAAAGCUUUGGAGUCUAAAUCCAUGCUGCCAGUGUUGUAUUUCUAUAUGGAUAUCCAUUUUCUCUGUGUGUAAAUA